AUGACGACAGCUACAAUGAUGCCUGUUGAUAUCUGCAAAUACCUAGUAAACCUAGAGCUUAUCGUAUUGGAACGAGAGCAACAACGACGAGCAAUUCUAGCAGCCGCCGCAUUUCAGCACAAUCAAUCGCACAAUCUCCAUCAGCAUCAACAGCACAAGGUCAAACUACCACUGCACAAGAUGGACAAACACCACAACGCAAACAACAACAUGAUACUGCCAGUAUUCCCACCAUCAUCGUUUUUGCAACAUGAGAUGGAAAAGGACAGCGAACUCAACAAAGUGCUCAACCGCAUGACCCGAUCGGUCAGUACGGAAUCGUCUCUGUCCAGAUGCUCUUCCAAAUCAUAUUCCAACAAGCUUGAUCAUGUGCAACCGUUAUCCAACAUUUCCAAUCCACAACAACAGCUUGACAGCGAUUUCGAUGGCGAUUCCCAACCACCCGCCGCCAAACGUGCCAAGCACAAGGACGUCCGAUGGCUCUCCAACCUCGAACAACUCCGAGAAUACAAGGAACAGCAUGGUGAUUGUGUGGUCCCACGUGGUUUCAGUGGCAAUCCAAGACUUGCCAGCUGGGUCGCCGAACAACGCAAGCAGCGAAAACUGUUGAUGGAUGGAAAGCAAAGCAGCAUGAUUCCAGGACGCAUUCGCCUAUUGGAUGACCUUGGCUUUGUUUGGAACGCUCAAGAGGCAGCAUGGGAUCGUCAAUUGACAGACCUCAAGGCCUUUCAAGCCAAGUAUGGACACUGCCUAGUCACGGUUGGCCAUGCGGAAUACCCCAAGCUUGGGUCCUGGGUCAAGGAACAACGCCGUCACCAUGUGUUGAUGGAACAAGGAAAGGCCUCCAACAUGUCGGCUGAACGAGCUGCCAAGCUCGAUGCUGUUGGCUUUUGCUGGAACACACAUCAAGCUCUUUGGUUGGAACGCUUUCACGAACUCGAUGAAUACAAAAAGUUGCAUGGCCAUUCGGUAGUCCCCACCAAAUGCCAAGAGAACCAACGUCUUGGCACAUGGGUCCACCACCAACGUCGCGAAUACAAGAAAUAUCAACUUGGAAAGCCAAGUCACAUGACUGCGGAACGAAUUGAAGCGCUAGAAUCAUUGGACUUUGUUUGGUACCCACGAGACAACAGCAAUGAUACUAGCAGCAGCACAAAAAGUUGUGGUGGUGAACGCCCUUCUUCCCCAUGUGGAUCAAUCCUAUCUACAUCCUCGGCAUCAAUGUCGUCAUCAUCAAGUUGUGGCAAGAGAAAGAGAUAA